GCUCAACCCUGCUGCGAGUGCUCAGAGCAGCUCACAACUACAUGAUUGAACUCGUGGUUAUGUCCUUGGGGUACAAGUUCCUGACUCGCUCUCGAACUCUCAACAAUGUGAACGGAGCCGGCCGAUUGAAGUGCUGGGGUCGGAAGUGGCGUACUUAGCCAUCCAAGUGAACUCUCUCGCGGAACUAAGCUACAGCGGGACAUACGCCUGAGCAGCUGCAGGGGUGAAGCUGGUCCGAGCGGGGACUUCCCUAGGCUCCUGCAAUGGGUGCGAAGAGCUUGGAUGUCGAUUGCAACAAUGGAAAAUGUGGCAGUGGCGACAAGUUGGACGUUGAUGCCAUGGUGAGAUUCGACAGCAUUGAGUCUAUUAAUAUUGUUCAGAGGUCUAUGAAAGACUCAUUUGGGCCGAGGCUGGUCAGCUUCAAGGGCAUGCUCGCUCCCGUUCAGAACGUCAAUCGUGGGGGGCUUGGGCUACCGCUUCUGCUCCUGGCUUUCGCUCAGUCUGCAAGCUUGCUGUGGCAGCACGGCCCCGAGAUGAUUGGUCUGAUCCAAAAGGCGACUGCCAAUAUAUAUACUUCAAUCGCUUCGGAAUAUUUAUCAGCUACGGUAGCUGCAAUAGCCUCUGCGAUAAUAUUCUUAUUAGCUAUGUGGAGGAUGUUUUGGAACUCAGGUCCUUCGCCCAUAUACCUGGUCGAUUUCGCAUGUUUCAAACCUGCGGAUGAGUGCAAGAUGACAAACGAAGUAUUUCUUGCGUUAUCUGCUAAGUCCGGGUUGUUCACCGAGAAGAGUAUGGAUUUUCAGCAGAAGAUCUUAGCGAGCUCCGGUUUAGGGCCCGAGACUUACGUUCCGCCUUCCAUGCAUUCUCAACCCCCAGACUUAACCAUCUGCACUUCUAUGAAGGAAGCAGAGAUGGCGCUGUUCACGACCGUUGGCGACUUAUUGAAGAGGACUGGUGUGAAGGCACAGGAUAUUGGCAUUCUUGUCGUGAACUGCAGCACAUUUUGUCCCAUUCCAUCCAUGUCGGCUAUGGUGGUGAACCAUUUCAAGAUGCGGGAAAGUAUUGAAUCCUACCACCUGGGAGGGAUGGGGUGCAGCGCAGGUGUCAUUGCCGUCAGCUUAGCCCAGGAUCUAUUAAAAGUGCACAAGAAUACUUACGCUAUUGUGCUCAGCACGGAAAUGAUCAGUGGAAUGCAGGGGUACAAAGGUAACUACCGGUCUAUGAUGGUCGGCAACUGCAUAUUCCGGUGGGGCGCCUCAGCCGUUCUACUAUCCAAUAAGCGUGGUGACAGAAGGGUAGCCAAAUACAGCCUGGUGGAACUGGUGAGAACCCACAAGGCAGCGGAUGACAAAAGUUUUCAGUGCGUCAAGAAUACGGAAGAUGCUGAUGGGAUCAUCGGAGUGUCCCUCUCCCGGGAGCUCAUACACGAAGCAGGGAAUGCCCUCAAGGCCAAUAUCACAACAUUGGCUCCCAAAAUCCUUCCUCUCUCCGAGAAGUUGAAAUUCGCCUCCAACUUCGUCGCCCGCAAGAUUUUGAAGAAAAGCCAGAAACCCUACGUCCCCGACUUUCAAAAGGCAAUCAACCACUUCUGCAUCCACCCAGGAGGCAAAGCAGUCCUGGACGGAAUCGAGAAGAAUCUGCAGCUGUCGAAGCAGCACAUGGAACCCUCGAGGAUGACCCUGCACAGAUUCGGCAACACGUCGUCGAGCUCCAUCUGGUACGUGCUUGCUUACAUGGAAGCCAAGCAUAGGGUUCGAAAGAACGACCUCAUUUGGCAAAUUGCGCUUGGCUCCGGCUUGAAAUGUAAUAGCGCCGUCUGGAAGUCCCUUCGGAACGAUCAAUUCGACGCUUCCGCCAAUCCAUGGGCCGAUUGCGUGAAGAACUAUCCCGUCUCACUAACUCCAAGUACUUCCGAGCCCAAGUGAUCCCCUCGUAGGCAUGUCUCCAUCCUCCACUCUUGAUCUUCUAGUACCACCAACUGGUAUGAGAAUUGAGUCAUAGACGAGGAUGCACUUCAACACUUCCCAUUUUAGGCUUCAGUUCGUAUCUACAGUUAUGUGGAUCAUAAUAUGAACAUUCCGAAUUUAAUCGCGGCACAGAUGAAAAUGGUAGUCUACGCUCACUUUGAUGUCCUUUUUAUAAACCUCAAUUCACAAUUCUAGCAAGUGGUAUUCAAAACUUUCUUCCGAUUGUGGAAGGCAGUGGGAGAUUCCUUGCCCAAAGUAGGGUCGCAGAAUCUAUGCACGGUCACUUUAUGUGUGCUAUUCAAGAAAUGGCUGUAGUGCUUAGCAGCUAGCCACAUGGUCACAUAAUUUGCUAAGUGCGCAUCAUUCAUGCGCUGCCCAGCAUUGUAUUGCCUGUAAUCAAGAGAAUGCAUGGAUAUGAAAGUAUUGUUGCUUCCUGCUUCAAUCGACUUACUAGGAA